AUGAAAAGUUCAUUAAUCUUUAGUUCACAACCACGAUCUGUCGCUGUCGGUGAUUUUAACAAUGAUCAUAAAAUAGAUAUUGUUGUAGCGAAUUCUGGUACAAACACGAUUGGAAUAUUUCUUUCACAAGACGAUGGAACUUUUACAAAUGAACAAAUAUAUUCAACUGGACUCGACUCUCGUCCUUAUUCACUUGUCGUUAAUGAUUUCAACAAUGAUACUUAUUUAGAUAUUGCUGUUGCUAAUUAUGGUACCAAUAAUAUUGGAAUAUUUUUAGGAAAUCAUAACGGAACGUUUACUAAUCAAAAAAAUAUUUCACUUAAUUCUUCUCGUCCAUUUUUUAUAACUAUUGGUGAUUUCAAUAGUGAUAAUCAAACUGAUAUUGUUGUAGCUAACUAUGGUACUAAUACUCUUAGUGUCCUUCUUGGAAAUGGUGACGAAUCUUUUCAAGAUCAAAUAACUUAUUCUACUGGCUAUGAUUCUCGUCCAUAUGCAUUAGCAGUUGGUGAUUUCAACAAAGAUAAUCAUCUAGAUAUUGCUGUGGCUAAUUAUGGUACUGAUAAUAUCGGUAUUUUUCUUGGAUAUGGUAAUGGGACAUUUGCGAGUGAAAAAACUUAUACGACUACUCGGAACUCGAAUCCAUCUUCUAUUGCUGUUGGAGACUUAAAUAAUGAUAAUCAUCUCGAUAUUAUAGUCGCGAAUUAUGGUACUGGUAAGAUUGGCAUAUUUUUCGGCUAUGAAAAUGGUACUUUUUCAGUACAAACAACAUUCUCAAUAAGCUCCAAUUGUCGUCCACAUCAUAUUACUGUUGGUUAUUUCGAUGAGGACAAUCAACUAGAUGUUGUUGUUGUUGAUUCAGAAAACGAUCAAGUACAUAUUCUUCUACAAUAUGAUAAUAGAACAUUUGCUACAAUAACUACAUAUGAUGGAAUAUCUGGAUCUCGUCCAUUCUUUGUCGCUGUGGCAGAUUUUGAUAAGGACAAUCAAUCAGAUAUUGUUAUAGCCAACUAUGAUACUAAUAAUCUACUUGUAUUUAGUAAAUAUUUUAUAACACCAUCAACAAGACAAACGAAUUAUAUUGUCGGAAAAGAUUCCCAUCCGUCUUCGGUCGUAACUUUUGAUUUUAACAAUGAUGGUCGACUAGAUUUAAUGGUUAAUAAGGUUAAUGAUGAUAGUUUACUGAUACUAACUGGUAAUGAUAAUGGAACUUUUGAGCAAGCAGCAAAAUAUUCAACGGGAUAUAAAUCAGCUCCAAAAUGCUUAUGUAUUGGUGACUUAAACAACGACAAUCGAAUGGAUAUUAUUAGUGCUAAUUAUGGUUCUGAUAGUGUAGGUAUUCUUCUUGCACAAGACAAUGGAACAUUUUCUUAUGUGACAACUUACUUUGUGGGUUACGGUUCUAAGCCGUGGUCAGUCGCUGUUGGAGAUUUCAAUAAUGAUAGUCGAUUAGAUAUUGUCACUGCAAAUCACGGGUCUGGUGGUGUAAGUAUCCUUCUUGGACAUGACAAUGGGACUUUUGCUAACGUGAAGAUAUACUUUAGUGGUAUUAUUGUUCAGCCGAUAUCAGUUGCUGUUGGCGAUGUCAACAAUGAUGACCAGUUGGAUAUUGUUGCCACUGAUUUCAUCUCUGGCAAUGUGUUUGUCCUUCUUGGACAUGCUGGUGGAGUUUUUUCUAAUGCAACAACAUAUUCUGUUGCCAGUUUAUCUGGUCCGAAUUUCAUCAGGCUUGCUGAUUUGAAUGAUGAUAAUCAUCUGGAUCUUCUUGUCUCUACUGCAAACGACGGUUCUGUAGUUAUUCUCCUUGGAUAUGGAAAUGGAACAUUUAAAAAAAUGACAAUCUAUUCAGUUGGCUAUGCUUCAUCCUUUUACUGCAUUGCUAUUGCUGAUUUCAACAAUGAUCAUCGACAUGAUUUCGCCGUGACCAGUAUCGGGAAUGAUGAAAUAAUUAUCUUUUAUGGAUACGGCAAUGGCAGUUUUUACCAUGGGAGAACGUAUUUUACUGGUUUUGGUUCGCGUCCAUAUGCCAUUACCACUAUCAAACUAGAAAACAGCAAUCAAACAUAUAUAGUUGUUACUCUCGGUGGCAUUGGAUAUGUUGCUAUUUUAAUUGAAUAUUUUGCUGCAGAAUUUGGAAAUCAACAAAUAUAUUUAACUGGCUCAGCUCCACACCCGUAUUCUGUAACUGUUGGUAACUUCAGUGAUGAUAGUUACGCAGACAUAGUCAUCGCCAAUUCAGGAAAUGAUAAUAUCGAUGUACUUUUCAAUUCAGGUAAUGGUACAUUUGAAACACAAGUAGCGUAUUUUAUCGGUGCUGAUUCUUAUCCACGAUAUGUUACCACUGGUGAUAUCAAUAAAGAUAAUUAUUCAGAUAUAGUUACUGUUAAUUCAAAGAACAAUAGUAUCAGUAUAUUUAUGGGACAUGGUAAUCGAACCUUCGAUAUUCCAAGAAUAUAUUCAACUGGGAUCAAUUCAUAUCCGUUGGCAGUAGCUAUCGGUGAUUUCAAUGACGACAAUCGGUGGGAUUUGAUCGUUGCUAAUGCAGGUACAGAUAGUAUAGGCGUACUUCUUGGAUUUCGUUAUACAUUAUUUCAAAGUGGGAACACUUAUUACAGUGAUACUACUCGAUCACCAGAGGCUAUCGUCACUAGUGACUUCAAUAAUGAUAAAUAUCUAGAUAUUGCUGUUGUUUUUUAUGUUAGUAAUAACAUAGGCAUUUGUCUUGGAUAUGGUAAUGGAAGUUUUGAUGUUUUGAUGACUUAUUCGACUGGACAAGGUUCACAACCUAUAUCAUUGGCUGUUCAUGAUUUUGACAAUGAUGAACAAAUGGAUAUUAUCGUUGCUAAUUCAGGUACUCAUGACAUAGGUAUCUUUCUUGGAUAUGGUAAUGGAAGUUUCGCUACCAUGAUAAGAUAUUACACUGGCGCGAUUUCUGAUAUGAUCGCGAUGGUCUUAACAGAUUUAAACAAUGAUGGUCGAAUAGAUAUUAUCGUGGCCAACUAUGCUACUGACAAUAUAGGUAUUCUACUUGGACUUGGUAAAUUGACUUUUAGUACGAUGAUUACUUAUCCGAUUGGAUAUGUUUCGCGCCCAUUGUUUGUUGCUAUUGGUGAUUUUGAUAAUGACGAUCAAAUGGAUAUUGUCGUUGCUAAUUUUGGUAGUAGUACCAUCACUAUUUUUUUAGGUUAUGAAAAUGAAAGCUUUGCAGCUCAAGUGAGUUAUUCAACGGGUUAUCAAUCUUGGCCGGUUGGGAUCACUGUUGGAGAUUUCAAUGGAGACAAUCAACUUGAUAUCGCUGCUAGUAACUAUAAUAUGAAUAAUGUCGCUAUUUUUAUAGGAUAUGGAAAUGGUACUUUUGCUCCUGUCAUGAUAUUCUCCACUGGAGAUGGUUCUUCCCCACGAUUUCUUCAAGCUUGUGAUUUUAAUAAUGAUGGCAUAUUAGAUAUCGCUGUUGCUAAUUAUGGAACAAACAAUAUUGUUGUGCUUUUCGGAUUUGGAGAUGGAACUUUUCUACUAGGAAUAGCAUACGAAACUGGUAUCGGAUCCGGACCGACCGCUUUAGCUAUUGGUAAUUUUGACAAUGGUACUCGAUUUGAUAUUGUCGUUAUAAAUGAAGCCACAAGCACUAUAUGCAUUUUUUUUGCAUAUGACACAGAACUUUAUGCUGGUGUAACAUCAUAUAGAAUGGGCUUUGGGUCACAGCCACACUCACUUGCCAUCGGUGAUCUGAAUAACGAUAGUCGAUUAGAUGUUGUCGUAGCUAAUUAUGGCACUGACAAUGUAGGUAUUGCAAUUGGGCGUAGUCAUGGAGUUUUUGAUAUUACAAUAGCAUAUUCAACAGGAGUUGGUUCUGCUCCAUAUUCUGUUUCUCUAGCUGAUUUUAAUAACGACAAUCAAAUAGAUAUUGUUGUUACUAAUUCUGAAACUGAUAAUAUUGCCAUUCUGCUUGGUUAUGGUAAUGGAACGUUUGUCAUUGAAGCAACAUACUCAACCGGUGCUCGUUCUCGACCAUACACAAUAGUUGUAAGUGAUUUUAAUAAUGAUAAUAUACCGGAUAUUGCUAUUGCGAAUUCCGGUACUAACAAUAUAUUUCUACUUUAUGGAUAUGGAAAUGGAUAUUUCGGAAACGAAACUUCUUAUGCUCUAGGAUACGGAUAUCGUCCGUACUCAAUUGUAAUCAAAGACUUAAAUCAAGACAGUUGGGUGGAUAUUGUCAUUGCAUGUUAUGGCACAGAUCAUGUAGAAACUCUAAUAAAAAUGUGUUAG